GGAAGAUUGCAGUAUCUCUAGGUAUUUGAAAUUUACUAUCCUUAAUACGUACGUAGUACUACGUAGUAGUUAAUACACGCACAAUUGCUUUUUUGGCUUUUUCAUGACAUGUAUUUGUACUUGAAAAACACAUGAGGUUAACAGGAUUGUUCAGGUUAACAUGUGAAAUCAUAACGAUGUUCACCUACAGUAUUGAGCACAAGUGGGAGAGAAUGAGAGAUAGUAGUCCACUAAUUAACGGAGAGAGAUCGGGUUGUGUUUGGAUGUUUCAUGUUUGCGGCGUGAAUGGCAGAGGCUUGGAAUAGAUCGACCGCUUGAAUUGGUGCUACCGCCACUCCAGAGAUCACGUUGAUCAACAAAAUCCAUGAACUUCACUUGAGACUUGAGAGUCAUGCCGGCAUACCACAAAAAAAAAGGAAUUUUACGAACUCCAUAGAAUGCAUUUUUUGAGAUUCAUAUGUUGGUUGAUUGUCCCGUGCAUCGCACCGGGUACUAUACUAGUAGUGUUAAUAGUAGUAAUAGUAGUAGUAAUAAUAAUAAUAAUAAUAAUAAUAAUAAUAAUAAUAAUAAUAAUAAUAAUAAUAAUAAUAAUAAUAAUAAUAAUAAUAAUAAUAAUAAUAAUAAUAAUAAUAAUAAUAAUAAUAAUAAUAAUAAUAAUAAUAAUAAUACUGAUAAUAAUAAUGAUGAUAAUAAUAAUAAUAAUGAUGAAGUAUUGUUUAGAAUAUAUACACAUUAUGGUACAAACAUAGUGGGACAAAAGGAAAUGAAGGGAUAGGAAAAUAAUGAAAUAUUGGUGUAUACGGUAUCGUCAUCAUAAUUUGGAAAAAUAAAAUAGUUCUACUACUGCCCUAGUAACAUUAAAGCUUGAGGAGGUGACAAUGAAAUGGUUUUAUGUGGAUGAUAUAAAACUGAUAAAGUCAUAAUAAAGUAGGAAUGACUUAAAAUUAUACAAACUUUACCGAUUCUGGUAUGAGAUAAUGUUAGUGGGAUGGAAUGAAAAGAAAAGAUGAGACAAUUUUAGUGGGAUGAAUGAAGUAACACAAUAUCCAAUAAAAAUUGAGUAAGAAUGUUUUUAGUUUAUUUUUUGUGGGCCAUUGAUUUAUUUAAGUAUGCGUGAUUUGGUUUGAUGUGUUUAAGUGUGAUUUGAUUUUAUGUAAUAUGAUGCGAUCUGAUUUAGAUUGAAAUUAGUUUAAUAAAAAAGAUGAGAAAUGAGUAUGUAUUGAAGUUUUGGAAAUGAAGUAAAGAGCAAUGUGCGUUUAUUUUAAGAAGUGAAAAAUAGUUCUUAUAUUUCGACUUUGUUUGGUAACCCUAUUUUUACUUUAUGUACCCUAAAUGUUAAUUUUUAGGAAACAUGUAUCUUUAAUUUUAUGCUCUAACUUGUGUAAUAAUUACUCCUUUAAUAUAUUAAAGAUUGCUACAAAUGAAUUUUGUUUACCUUGGGAAGGUCAGGGGAGGGGUUGGGGGAGUAUAAGAUAAACACAAAAGAAACAUCAUUCAUAAAAUUUCAAACUCGAGACCGCCCAAAUGACUUUGACACAUUAUUUAAGGAGGAAAAUAGUAUGACCAUAGGGAUAAUAAAUAGUGUAUAAAAAGCAUGAGAGAUGGUGUUAAAAUAUUAAAGCGAUGAUAAAAAUAGUCAUUGAGUAUUUUUAAGGGGAAAUGUAACAAAUUUUUAGAGGCCGUUUGGCAACACAGUUUUUCGGCUUAUCAGCCAACUUUUCACCAAACACGUAACGUUUGAUUUCGCGCGUUGAAUUGUGUAAUAAAGUUCUCAAACUACUCUCCAUUGUUGCAACUCGAGCUCAAGCAAAGGUGGUCCAAGGAGGAAGAUUAAGGAAGGAAAAAAGUUAGGAAAAGUGUGAAGAAUUAAGGAAGGAGUUGGAAGGUCAAAAGGUUUUUCCUUGUGUAUAAUUGCUUAAAAAAGAUGCAGACACAUGAGAUGAAUGCCGGCCUACUCCAUUUGUACGUGUAAAAUAAGAUAUUUUUCACUUAUGCAACCCAUGUAAUUUUUAGUGUUUUCUUCAUUAAUGUCGAAUGGUAUGUUUGUAACCUAUAAAGUUUAAAGUAUGGUAGUUUUUGCAAUACCAUGAUCGUUUAUUGGGAGGAGUUUUGGAAGAUCAAGGAUUUUUUCUCAUAUUAGUGUUGCCGGCAUGUACAUGGGAUAUAAGUUUCAUUUAUUUAAUUUAAAUAAUAAUUGUUAGACACAUCAUUAAGAUGCCACAUGUCAAUUAUUGUUACAGAUGGGAUGCCACAUGUUGAUUUUUCAUAUAAAGAGGUUGCCACAUGUCAAAAUUCCUUUAUAGGCUUCCUUCAAGGGUUUCCUUUAUUAAAUUAUAUAGAUAUAUAUUUCUUCAAGUUUCUCUAAAUAUCUCUAGACUCUAGUUAGUUUUUUAGCAUGUUUACUUUUGAUAUGAUAGGUAUACAUAUACACAAAC